AAUGAAAUAAAUGAGGUUCCUUUCUUUGACAUCCAACUGCCUUAUGAACUGGCACUGAAGAUAUUUCAGUACCUGGGCAAGACUGAAUUGGGAAGGUGUGCUCAGGUCAGCAGGACAUGGAGAGUACUUGCAGAAGACGAAGUGUUGUGGUACCGGUUGUGCCAACAGGAAGGAUACCUGUUAGAUACGAGCAUCUCUGAUCACUCCUGUUGGAAGCUCGUCCUCAAGGACUGCCGUGCCAGAGAACGCACCUUGAAAACCAACUGGAAGAACCGCAUCGGUGCUGUGAGCCAGCUGCAGUAUGAGCUGGGAAAAAUUCUUUGUGAUGUGCAUUCUUGCGACGGAGUCGUUAUUGCUGGAUACACAUCAGGAGAAGUGAGGUUGUGGGACACUCGCACCUGGGACUACACAGCCCCCAUCCUGGAACCAGUGCAUGGUCCUGGUGAUGCUGGACCUCAGCCACAUGUCUCCUUUGUGAGGAUAAACAGCUCUUUGGCUGUAGCAGCUUAUGAGGACG